AUGGACCUCCAGGAUAUUCAAUCGUACAUGGUCUCGUCCAUGAACGAGAUCACAUCGACCUUUCAAAAAGUGCCUGGCUCGGCCAUGCUCAUCCGCUAUAUUCAAUCGAGUUAUCAGGACGACCCAGUCAGAUCUGUUAUUGAAUUGGUUCUGGUUAUUUUCUUCAUCAGAUAUUUGUUGGCUCCAAGUUAUGUGACGCAUAAUAACAAUUUUGUUCAAUUGACGGAGGAGGAAAUCGAUGAUUUGGUGGAUGAAUGGCAACCAGAACCAUUGGUUUCAAAGAUGACUCCUUUCGAGGAGGCGGACAGUGAAAAAAUGCCCAUUAUCGUUGGACCUACAGGUCCAAAAUCCAAACUCUCAAAUGGUCGAACAGUAACAAAUCUCGCAUCCUACAACUUUUACAACUUUGUUGGCAACGAACAAGUCAAAGAAAAGGCCAUCCAAACCCUCCGAACAUAUGGUGUAGGUCCUUGUGGACCCCCUCAAUUUUACGGCACUCAAGAUGUACAUAUGAAGACUGAAGCGGAUAUUGCAUCGUGCUUGGGAACUGAAGGAUGUAUUGUGUAUGCGCAUGCAUUUUCUACGAUUUCCAGUGUCAUUCCAGCGUUUUGCAAAAGAGGUGAUGUUAUUGUGGCGGAUCGAGCAAGCAACUAUUCUAUCAGGAAAGGUCUGCAGAUCUCUAGAAGUACGGUUAAAUAUUUUGAACAUAAUAAUAUGGAAGAUUUGGAGAGGGUACUCCAGAAGGUGGUCAAGGAACAAGGCAAGAGACCAUUGACUAGAAGGUUUAUCGUUACAGAAGGGCUGUCAGAAACAGUGGGCGAUUGUGUGGAUUUACCUAAGUUGAUUGAGCUCAAACGCCGCUAUAAAUUCCGCCUCAUGCUAGACGAAACAUGGUCCUUUGGAGUUCUUGGUAGAACUGGUCGCGGGCUCACGGAAGCACAGAAUGUGGAUGCGUCAGAAAUCGAUAUGUUGAUCGGAUCAUUAGCAGGACCUCUCUGUGCCGGAGGUGGAUUCUGCGCAGGCUCAAAUGAUGUGGUAGAACAUCAACGUAUCACAGCUGCUUCCUAUACUUUCUCGGCGGCUUUACCAGCUAUGUUGGCUACCACCGCUAGCGAGACUCUCAAUAUGCUACAAACGAACCCUGAGGUUUUAGUACAAUGCAGGGAGAAUAUCAAGGCAAUGAGAGCUCAGCUUGAUCCGAGAAGUGAUUGGGUUCACUGCACAAGUUCCGUUGAAAAUCCGGUUAUGCUACUUGUUCUCAAGCAAGAUAUUGUCAAUUCGCGACGUUUAAGCACCGAGGAACAAGAACGGAUCAUGCAGGAAUGUGUCGAUGAGAGUCUCGCAAAUGGAGUGCUCAUCACCAGACUUAAGAGUAUGCCAAUCUACUCGGGAAGUAAUGGCAAAGACGAAGAGUGGAAAUUACAACCAGCGCUCAAAGUAUGUAUUACGACUGGACUUUCAAAAAAAGAGAUUGAGAAGGCUGGGGUGGUUAUUAGGCAUGCUAUUACGAAAGUUUUGACAAGAAAAACGAGUAGUAAGUUGGCUUUGCCGAUGGCUUAA